GAACAGCCGCUCCGCGAGGCUCUAGCUAGGCUAUCUACCUGCGCGAGGUCGCUGCUGCGUACGCGUUGCUAACACACAGCCUCCCGUAAACUGCCACAGACAUGAUUGACCUGCCAGCGGCUGGCGGACUAGUGCUUCCUCUGGCUCGACGUUAGCCCGGCGCGUGAGGCUGUUUGGAGCGGCGCGAGAAACGAGAGAGAGAGAGAGGCUUGCCCCUCACUCAACGCGAGCUGCGGGUAGUCUUGACAACAGCUUCCUCCUGUCGCCGACCCAAGUUCCUCCUCCGCCAGCGGAUGAGGUAGUGCAGCGGGUUGUGCUGUCUCUAAAAUCCACCUCGGCGGUGGGGUGCACGUCUACCACCGGAGUGAACCGCCAGGAAAUCCCGCUGUACAUGUUUCGCCAAGAAGUCGGUGUGACGUCUUUUAUCCCAUCGUGUUCGUAUCUUUUCCAGCCCGAGAAGAGGAAUAUGUCCCGGUACAACAUCUACAGCCUGCUGGACUGGAUCUACGGCGGCGUGGACCCGAAGUUUGAGGGCAACGGGGGGCCCGAGUGCGCCGCCUUCCUCGCCCCCCAGCAGCGCGCCGCCGAGAGCCUGGCCAUCAUCCUCCUCUCCCUGCUGGAGGUCGGCGUCGCCCUGAGGAGGAUCAACGUGUCCCGGGAGUUCCGGGCGGUGGGCAGGGACGGCGCCAGGGCGAAGGAGGACAGUCUGGUCAAGAACCUGUUGCUGGUGGCGCUUUGCAUGACUUUUGGAGUGGAGGUCGGGUUCAAGUUCGCCACCAAGACCGUGAUCUAUCUGCUGAACCCCUGCCAUGUGGUCACCAUGAUUCAGAUCUUCCUGCUGGCCUGCCCACCGUGUAAAACAGCGAUGGUUGUAUUUAGACUGCACAUCCACAUGUUAAACGGAGCGUUGCUGGCCUUAAUGUUCCCUGUGGUCAACACCCGGCUGCUCCCCUUUGAGAAGGAGAUCUACUACAUCCAACACUCCAUGAUGUACCUGGUGCCCGUUUACCUUCUGAGGAAAGGAGGUGUGUACCGGCCCGAGCCUCUGGGGGACAUGUGGUGGGCGCUGCUGGCCACCGGCAUCCUGUUCCUCUACCACUUCAUCUUCCUGCAGGUCCUCGGCCUGGCGACGGAGGUCAACCUGAACAACAUGCUGUGUCCGGCCGUGUCCGAUCCCUUUUACGGGCCCUGGUACCGGGUGUGGGCCACGGGCCACCAGAACCUGCUGUCGCUCCUCCACGGAAAGCUGGUCACGCUCCUGACGCAGCACAGCGGCUCCGCCUGCAGGAGCCUGCUGGACACGCUCCGACUGCGCGGCAAGAAAGUCGACUAGACGUCCGGGCCCUUUGCUCUCAGCGCGGAGGUUUCCUUUUAAAUCCCCGUUUUUAAAGGCUCUUUUAGGAUGUUGACGUCUGCUCUGUUGAGACAAGGGGGCAGCCGGGGGGGCCUGUAAAGCCAGCUGCCAUUCUUGUCGUCUCCACGCCCGCAUGCACAAUUUUUUGCAUUUCAGAGCUGCUUGUUGCGAAGCUGGACACGCCGCGUUUGCCGGGAAACCGUUUUCACCCGGCUGCCUUUUUUUGUAAAUGCAAACGUUUUUUUAAGGACUGAAAAAUUGGAAGCGCGCGCCUGAAUGUCGCCACCUGUCUGUGAGGAGUUGCUUUCAGCUCUCGGCCGUUUUAGUGGACGCUCCUGUUUUAGCGCGUAAAGCUGGUUUUAUUCGUCUCGACGAGCUUUGAGGCAGGUCGCAAAUGCGAGCUGUUUUUAAAAGCUACUGCUUGUUUUUAGCGUAAGGAUGUGAAUGUUCUCUUAAUGUUUUUACAAAUGGGGGGGUUGGUGUCAUGUUCAGGAUAGGAAAUAACUUUUUGUAAGUGGCUUUCAGUCCCAUUCCAGAUAAACGGGAGGCUUGAGGAAGUAUUAUUCGCUGGAAGCUAAAGCAAUCUAUAAGGAAUGAUAGGGUUUGUAGUUUGGUCCUGUCUGUGUCGUUUUUAUUGUGUUGUUUGACCAAAUUCUUCACGUUUUAACCUCUAGGACAUUAAGAUAAAGAAUGAUUGCCAAUAUGGGGCAGAUGCUGACAAAAAUGAGUGUUGUAGGUGGAACUAAGGCGCCUUGCAAAAGCAUUCAUACCUGCGGAUCCUCUCGUCCCUUCUUGGUACGUUACAACCUUCAAACCUUAAUAGAUUUUAUUGGGAUUUAAAGUUAUGGACCAGCAGAAAGCUGUGUAUAAUUGUGAGAAUUUCGUUUCGUUUUGUUGUUCAGACCUGACUAGGACUCCUUUAUUCUAAUGCCCUGAGUAAAAUCUCAUGGAACCAACUGCAUACAAAUGCUUUGUUAAUCAGUUCUGAAUAGAGAUAGACUGAUCUAGGUUUUUUAAGGCCGAUGCCGAUACAGAUUAUUUUCACAUCAGUCUGAACGAUACCUGAAUUUGUGCGGCUGAUUUUUAUUUAUUUUCAGGGGAGGGUAGGUUCUUGAAGCUGAUAUUGCUUUUUCUUCCUCCAUUUACAUGAUAGAAAUGACACGACGAUUGCACAAGUCUCAAAACUUUUAAACCGGCCAAAGUUAACAAUCCGAGUCACGACUCCUGUGGCAGCUCUUUGCUCCGCUUAAUGUUAAGGAGGAGAAAAAUUGCUGACCACCGCUUCGGUGUAUGGACAUUAUUUUAUGUAAAGUUAGAUGCUGCGCGCAGUGAUUGGUGCUUAUUUUUAUGUGGAUGCACGAUUCUCCAUGGGAACCAGCACACGCACAGCGGUGGCAGCUCGCCAGCUGGAGAUCAGACGUGGGUUCCCUCCCGCUCACAGUGAGACAGAUGCAGCUAAAUUAGACGGUUAAAACUACAUUAAAAGUUGAACGUCCAUAUCUUUGUAUGUUCUGCGCCGGUUUGUGGUUGUAACAUGCCAAAAUACGUGAACAAUUGCAAGAGGUGUGAAUAGUUUUGCCAGGCCCUGAACGUAUCGAGACACUUGAAAGGAUCCGUUGCUUGACCGUUAAGUAUGCUUUCAAAACGUCCUGCACUCACUCCAACCUCAACAGUUCAUGCAGAAAAUGUGUACAAGGAAGGAGCUGGCGCCCCCUGUGGGUCACUUAUUUAUCGUAGGAAAAGGGUCACUCGUAGGGAGCCUAUAUUUCAUUUCAAGUAGGAGGGACGUAUGUUACUGUAGCAUUUUUCUUUAUUUCAGUAUCAAGAAGGGAGAAGAGAAACUUUUGUACCUCUGUCAGUUCAAAUAUGUGUUGUGGCACCAAUAAAAGGGAUUUCCAGUGGC